AUACAGUUGCUGGUUAUCGUCAGCACUUUCCUCAUGCUGUCACAGCGUGAGGAAAGUACUGCCAAUAACCGACAAAUCUGACAGGGGUGAUCUGCACUGGUAUUAGUGCCCUGAUUAUCAGUGCCAACCAGCAGUGCCCAGCAAUGCGGCCACCUAUCAGUGCCCAGAAGUGCCACCCAGUGCCCAGCAGUGAUACCCAGCAGUGCCACUCAUCAGUGCCACCUAUCAGUGCCCACCAGUGCCAACAGUGCCACCUCAUCAGCGCUACCUAUCAGUGCCACCUCAUCAGUGCAGCCUCAUCAAUGCACAUCAGUGAAGGA